AUGGCGGAAACAGCAACCAUGACAGUCCGCGACAUCGUCACCGAUCCUUCCUUGCUACCAGUCCUCCAAAUCAGCGCAAACGCACACAACGAAUGCCAAAAACUCCUGCAACUAAUCGAUCCCACCAAUCCCGCUACAGCAUCAAGCAGCAACCCCCCGUCCCAAGAAUUGAUCCUCGCAAUCUCCAAACAACAAAAGGUUUUAUAUUCGCUUCUCGCACAACUGCGCGGCCUCAACCGCGAUGCCGUUUUGCGCGUCCGCGAGACGAAGCAAAUUACCGCCGAAGCACGACAAGAAAUCGACCGGCUUCAUCUACAGCUACAAAACCUGUACUAUGAGCAGAAGCAUCUGAUGGGUGAAAUUGCUGCUUGUGAAUCCUACGAUCAUAAAUAUCUCUCCCUCCCGCUCAUCCCCGAAGAAGAAUUCCUCGCCCUAUUCCCCGAACACGCCUCGUCCGAUGCACACGAACUAAUGAUCGCGCGCAUCAAACACGAACAUGACGAGCGCGAAAAGCUAGAGCAAGCCAGACAGGAACUCUUAAAACGAAAACAGGCUCUGAUCGCAGAGAACAAGAAACGAAAGGACGAUUUAGCGAAUUUGGAUGCUGAUUUGGAGCGGUUUAUUGAUGCGGCAAAACCGAUUCAGAAGAUUUUCGAAAAGGAGUAUUAG